AACGUUAAGCCGCCACUGCAUAAUUGUGUAUCCUAUAUAUAUACACACAAUGACCAGAGAGCAAGACCACAAUGCAAUAACAAGAUACUAGUAAGAAACGUUCUUCCCAUGAAUGCUGGUAUUGCAGAAACUACUUACGCCAAUAAAUCAAUCCUUCAGAAAGCAAGAGCACAACUGUCCACGAUGGAAGCAAAAAAUGUUCUUCACAUGAAUGCUGGAAUUGGAGAAACUAGCUACGCCAAUAAUUCAAUCCUUCAGAAAACAAUAAUACAAAAGGCGUGGCCAGUAUUAGAAGACACCCUCAAUGACAUGUAUAAUCAAAACUUCCCAAAGUGUUUUCAAAUAGCAGACUUGGGUUGCUCGUCAGGUCCAAAUACCCUUUUGGUCAUCUCCCAAAGCAUCAACACAAUUCAAGGUUUGUGCCAACGAAAUGAUUGCAAAACACCGGAAUUCCAAGUGUAUCUAAAUGAUCUUCCAGACAACGACUUCAACACCAUUUUCAAAUCACUACCGAAAUUCUACGAGGAGAAGCUCAAGAAACGGAAGGGAGAAGAGUUGAGUCCUUGUUUUGUAUCGGGAACGCCGGGCUCUUUCUAUGGCAGGCUUUUCCCGAGCAGAAGCUUACACUUCAUUCAUUCCUCUAGCAGUGUUCAUUGGCUCUCUAAGGUUCCUGAAAGGCUGGACAAUAACAAGGGCAACAUAUACUUGGCGAAUACAAGUCCUUCCCAUGUGGUUGAAGCAUACCUGAAUCAAUUUCAAAGCGAUUUCUCAACAUUUCUAAGCUUACGCGCAGAGGAAAUAGUACCCGGAGGGCGUAUGGUUCUAACAUUCCGUUGUAGAAGCAUUGCAGAUCCUACGAGCAAAGAUUGUCGCUGUCUCUGGGAGCUCUUAGCAGAAUCACUUCUUGACAUGGUGGCUGAGGGGCUCAUCGAUGAAGCUAAAGUUGAUUCAUUCAAUUUGCCCUUUCAUGCACCCUACAAGGAUGAGGUGAAGGCUAUAAUUCACAAGGAAGGAUCCUUUACUCUGGACAAGCUAGAAGUUUUUGAAGUGGAUUGGGACGCCAGUGACAAAGAUGAUGACAAACAUUUUGUUUUCGACAAAUAUAGGAGUGGGAAACUUGUGGCGAGUUGCAUAAGAGCUGCUAUGGAGCCUAUCUUGGCUAGUCAUUUUGGUGAUACUGUGAUUGACAAACUCUUUGCAAGAUUUGCACAUCAUGUGGCUGAGAAUCAGUCCGUGGAUAAACUGAAGUGCUUCAACAUAGUUGUUUCGUUAACAAAGAAGUGACCAUUCACAAAGGGCAAAUAAAUGGUGUUGCAAUUUAGGAUUUAGAAAUAUGCUAUGUUAAUUAACAUGUAUGAUAUAUAUAUAUAUGUGUGUGUGUGUGUGUGUGUGUGUGUGUGUGUGUGUGUGUGUGAUGUUUUUCUGGCACAAUAACAACAGGCAUAUGCUCUGCCCCUCUAGGAUCUAAGAAUAUGUAUCAGUAUUUUAACAUUGUGCGUGUGGUACUUUGAAAUAAAAAAUUUAUUUUAGCAGUA